AUGUCUCAAUCCUUUUGGUAUCAUGCUUGGCGACCAUGUGGAACGCUAGCUCCUUUGGUUCCUUUUGUGCACAUCUCUGAUUCUCACUUGAAGCUAGAAGAUGUCUGGUACCAUGGACAUUGGCGGUGGGAUAUUCUUUGCACAAUGAUUCCGGAAGAAGUUAAACUUGAUUUGAUGCUCUUUGAUCCUAUCAAGCAGGCAGGAGAUAAAACAGGUUGGUUUUGGACAAACUCAAAUACUCUCACCUACUCGACUAAAAGCGGUACCUCAUUUUUUACGACAUCAACUAACUCAACAACGGCGGGACUAAAAUACCCUUAUCCCACUUCUCAGUUCUCACACUUUCUUCUCUUCUCACUCCCUCUUCCAAGACACCGUCACUCAUCAUCAUCAUCGCCAGCCUCCCUCUGCCACCUUCCCUUCAUCGUCGACCACCCCGCCGCUGAGAACCAGCGCCAGAACCAGAACCAGCGACGCACAACCAGCGCGGUGCAGCUCAGGAAUCUGUACCACCAUCGAAGAGCCCUAGCGGAAGCCGCUGUCUUGUCGCCGCCGCCAGGACCACCACAACCUCGUGGUUCGUGUGUCGCCGCUUUUGUGGCCUCGUCGUCUCCAGCUCAGUCAAGCAGAAGCAGCCAGCGACUCGCCCAGGUUCGUGCGUCAUUGUCGUCUCUUCUUGUCCUUGCUAUUGCUGUUGUUUGCUCGUCGACCUCGCCAUCUCGCCUCCAGUGGCUGCUCGCCGCCGUGGUUAGUGAUUGUGUAGUUGUUGUUGUGAUUGUUGCUGUUGCUGUUGCGGUUGAUUUUUGGUGGGCUUCCUCAUCGGAGGUGAAGUCGACGCCGAGGAGGGUAGUGGCGCUGGCGAGAUGGGGUGAUCCGAUGGAGAACCACUGGAAUUCGAAAUGAGAAAGAAGAAAUGGAUGGGGAAGGGGAAAGGGAAAGGGGAAUUGGGAUUCUGUUCUUAUUUCAGUCUGAGUCUCUCAGUCUCAAACGCUACCUUAUAGUUUUUUUUUUUUUCUAUUCAAAAUUCAAAAUUUUCUCCUAAUCUGUUGUGUGUGCUUGUCAUCGAUUAGCUUAAUAUAUUCUGUAUAAUUUUGAAAUUGCCAAUGUACUUAGGAAGCAAAUUUUGAUAAGUUAUGGUUUAAUUUAGUAUUGGUUUUUCAAAAAU